AUAAAUGUGGAAAAAGAGAGACAAAAACUUAUAGCGACCUUGACAAGUCUAUGGAGUAAACCCAGAUUUGUGUGUGUAAGCAUUUGAUCAAAUCUCAGAAGCUAUUAGCUGGGACAAUCUCAAAUGUCAAGGCCUCAGGUCACCAUCACCUUAGGCCGCUCUGGUCAAGUGGUGAAGCGAUCAUCAGCUUCUCAGGGUUCUAGUUUUGGUCAACGGACAUUGUCAAGAGGGAAAAGGUCACUAGGAGAGACCUACAGGACUGACACUGAGGAUCCUUCUCUAUCCCUUGGCAAACGUGUGCGAGGGGAGAAAGAUGCAGGAGGUUCCAGAUAUGGCAGACUGAAUGAUGCACGUGUUGGGCAAAAUGAUCUCCGACUGAAACUAAUGCGCAGAAGAAAGCAAAGGGAAAUUCUUCUGGAGAUAGAAAAAAGAAAAAAGGAACAGCGUAAGAGGAUGGCAGGAAGUGUUCAAUCUGCAGAACAGUUUCAUAGGAGGCUUGUCACUGGCAGCCAACCAUCGUCAGGAGCUAGUGAAUUGCUUCAGAGGGAGGCAAUUAGAUCCUCCUAUGCAUCACAAAUUGCUGGCGGUGUAAGGCCAAGAUCUCCAAAUAGACUUGCAAAUAAUUCUAAAGAAGUCUUUUCUUCGAGGAAUAUAACUGCAGCUCAGCAUGUACCAUCAGUAAGGCCAGCUGAAGCUUCAAGAACGGUUCGUAUGCUGGGAAAUGACCUCUUGGACCCUUUUCAGCUAAAAGGUCUUGCCCCUAUGACCAUGAUGUCAGCAUUGGCUGCCAGGAAUCCAUUGUCAGGUCUUCCCUCUGCAAAUGGAAGCUUGCUGCAAAGCGCAUAUCCAGAUCAACCUCCUGCAAGUGUAGCCAGUCUAUUAAAUUCGCUCGGUUUGGGGAAGUACGCGGUCCUAUUUCAAGCGGAGGAGGUAGACAUGGCUGCAUUAAAGCAAAUGGGAGAUGGUGACCUGAAGGAAUUGGGGAUACCAAUGGGACCAAGGAAGAAGAUUCUCCUGGCUAUGCCUUCCCGAACCAGAAGGCCAAUGUAGUAUGGUAGUUAUGUUUGUUGAAUGCAAUGCCCCUCUGUUGUUUUGAAGCUGAAGUUUUCAAACUGGCUGUUCUUGUGGAAAUGUAUAUAAAGGGUAGUGGUAAAUGCUCGAGUAUAUUGAAAGAAUAUAUGU